GACUCAGGUGGAGCAGCCGAUAAAACACGCACAAAAAAAGGCAGCAGGCAGCAGGCACCGGUGCGAGCCCCGCCGGGACGGGCACCAGGAAUGGCCGAGCGCUGGCUGCUGCGCCUCGCCUGCCUCGCGUCCCUGCUGCCCGCAGCGCUGGGCAACAGCGGCGGGCCAGGCUGUGACUGCAACGGGAUGUCCAGGCAGUGCAUCUUCGACUGGCAGCUCCUGAGGGAGACGGGCGAUGGGUAUCGCUGCCUGGGCUGCCAGGGCAACACGGAGGGGCCGCGCUGCGAGCGCUGCAGGGACGGCUUCUUCCGACGGCAGGGGGAGCGGUGCUGCCGGCCCUGCCUCUGCCACCCCUGGGGGUCCCUCAGCCCACAGUGUGACAGUGACGGAUGCUGCAGCUGCAAGCCUGGAGUGAUGGGGGACAAGUGUGACCGGUGCCACCUGGGCUUCGAGUCCCUGUCCGAGGCAGGGUGCUGGAGGAGUGAGCAGAGGCUGCAGUGUGAGUGUGACCCGGCGGGCAGCGUGGGGCACUGUGACUCCGGCCACUGCGUCUGCAAGGACAGCACCACCGGAGAGAGGUGCCAGAGGUGCAAGCGACACUUCUAUAACCUGGAUGCCAGAAACCCUGCAGGAUGCUCGCCCUGCUUCUGCUACGGGCACUCGGACACGUGUACCAGUGCAGACAACUACAGUGUCCACAACAUCACCUCUACCUUCCAGCAAGGUACUGAGGGCUGGCAGGGUGUCCAUGAGAGCGGCUCCCCAGCCCAGCUCCAGUGGUCCCCACGCCACCAGGAUGCCUUCAUAGCAGCAAGGAGAUCAGAGCCAAUAUACUUCGUGGCACCUGCCAAAUUCCUUGGGAACCAGCAGCUGAGCUAUGGCCAGGUGCUCUCCUUUGAUUACCGCCUGGACCGAGGGGGCCGGCAGCCAUCUCUGCACGAUGUGGUCCUGGAAGGACACGGCCUGAGAGUCACUGCCCCCUUCCUGCCCCAGGGAAAGGUCCUGCCCUGUGGCAUCAGCCAGACCUACACCUUCAGGCUGGACGAGCACCCAAGCAGCACGUGGAGCCCAAGGCUGAAUCACUUUGAAUUCCGCAGGCUGCUGGGAAACCUGACAGCCCUGCGGAUCCGAGCCACCUUCGGGGAGUACAGCACCGGCUACAUCGACAAUGUCACGCUGGUGUCGGCGCUGCCCGCGCCCGGGCUCCCCGCGCCCUGGGUGGAGCAGUGCCGGUGCCCCGCCGCCUACCGGGGCCAGUUCUGCCAGAGCUGCGCCCCUGGCUACCGCAGGGACACCCCCAGCCACGGCCCCUUCAGCACCUGCGUGCCCUGCCGCUGCCAGGGGGCAGGGAUCUGCGAUCCUGACACCGGUGAAUGCUACUCAGGAGAUGAGAACGUGGGCCAUGGUGGCAGCUGCCCCUUUGGCUCCUACCGGGACCCGCGGCAGCCGGGCGGCUGCAGGAGCUGCCCCUGCGGGCCCGGCCAGGGCUGCUCCGUGGGGCCAGGUGGAGAGGGUGUCAUAUGUGACCACUGCCCUCCUGGAGCUGCUGGGGCCAACUGUGAGUACUGUGCUGAUGGCUAUUUUGGAGAUCCAGCAGCUUCCCAGCCUUGCCAGCUGUGCCGCUGCAAUGGCAACGUGGAGCCCAACGCCGUGGGCAACUGUGACCGCCGGACCGGCGAGUGCCUCAAGUGCAUCUACAACACGGCUGGCUUCUACUGCGACCGCUGCAAGGACGGCUUCUUUGGGAACCCCCUGGCCCCUGACCCCUCUGACAAGUGCAGAGCCUGUACCUGCGACUCAGUUGGUGCUGAGCCUCUGAAGUGCAGGAGUGAUGGGAGCUGCAUCUGCAAACCUGGCUUUGAGGGUCCCCGCUGUGAAGAGAGUGAGUGCCCAGCUUGCUAUGGCCAGGUGAAAGAGCAGGUGGAGAGGUAUCUGCAGCAGCUGGGGGAGCUGGAGCUGCUCCUGUCAGAGGUGCGAGCUGGCGGUGGGACUGAGAGUCAGGAGCUGGAGGGGAGGAUGCUGGUGGCUGAGGAGACACUGCAGACCAUCCUCAGGGAAGCCCUGAGCCUCCAAGCCUCCAACAGGUCUCUGGAAGCCCGUGUGGCCAGGAUGAAGGGGCAAGGGUCCAGCUCCCAGAGUCGCCUGGAUGAGAUCAAGGCAACAGUGCAGAGAUUGAGGUCUCUGGGGAGCCAGUACGAGAGGCAGGUGCAGGAAACCCGCCAGCUGCUGGAGAGAGCCAGGCUGGACCUGGAUCGCAGUGGUGCCGCUCUCCUUCGGGUGACCAUUCCUGUUUCAAGCUUUCCCGGGGGUUCGAAUCAGUUCUUGCUGCUGGCCCAGGAGGCUCUGAGACUGGCCAACAGCCACACCCAAGCAGCCAACGCCAUUGACCAAGCUGCCAAGGGGGCACGGGAGGAUGCAGGGCAGGCGCUGGAGCUGCUGCGCGCGGCCGCGGGGGGAGAGGCUGCCCUGGGCUCCCUGCCCAGGAGGUACGAGGAGCUCAAGUCACUGGCUGGAGGCCUGAAGGCUGAUGCUGAUGGAAUGGCCUCCAGGGCAGACAAGGCUUAUCAGGGCAGCCUGGUGCUCCUCAGCUCCCUGUCCCGCCUGACAGAGACGGAUGUUGGAUCCUUUAAGGAGGAAGCCUCGAGGCUGAAGCAGGACAUGGGUGCCCUGCAGGGGCUGGUGGACACGUCCCUGGCCCAGUACCGGGGCCUGCAGAGCAGAGUGGGGCACUGGGAGGAGGAAGCCCAGCAGCUGCUCCAAGGGCAAGAGGGCGAGAGAGCGAAGCUGACACAGCUGCUGUCCCGAGCCACCCUUGCCAGGAGCACAGCCCUGCGAGCCGUGAGCGCUGGCAAUGCCACCUUCUACGAGGUGGAGCAGAUCCUCAAGAGCCUCAAGGAGUUCAACCUGCAAGCAGAGGAUAAGAGGAGGGAAGCCCAAGAUGCCAUGAGGAGGCUGCCCAUUAUCAGCAGCAUGGUCACCACUGCCAGGGAGAAGACAGACCAAGCCAAAGGGAUCGUGGACAGUGCUGCUUCUGAAUCAAAGGCAGGCAGCAGUGUGGUGGAGGUGGUGAAGGAAAUCACCACAGGGAUCCAAGAGGACAUUGCCCGGCUGAAGGGGGAAGCCAACAAGACGGCUGAUGGCGUCCUUGCCCUGGAGAAGGCAGUGGCCACCCUGCAACAGGAGGCCAAGGAAGUGGAGGACUCAUUUGAGAGGAAACUCUUGGAGGUUGAGGCGGAUGCUGCUGUGAUAGAGAAGACAGCUCAGGAAGCUCAGAGGGUCCAUGACAAGGCUGGCCGGGCAGGUGCAGCUGUGCAGGCGACUCUGGCUGCCCUGGAAGAGCUGCUGCGUCUCAUGAACCAGCCUGGUGCUGUAGAUGAGGAUGGCCUGAGGCAGCUUGAGGAGAACUUCAGCAAAGCCAAAAGCAGAAGCAAGCAGCUGAAGGAGGAGAUGUUGGAGCUGGAGCAGACAGCUGCCCUGCAGAAGGCCCGGGUGCGCACGCUGGAGAGCAGCAUUGAUGACAUCCUGGCUGAUAUUAAGAACCUGGAGGAUAUCCAGAGGAGUUUUCCUCCAGGCUGCUACAACACAAAAGCCAUUGAAUUGCCAUGAGCCAGCUCUGGAAAGGCUGCAGCACCUGCCAGGCUGAAGGCAGGACGGCCUCCCCAAAUCUGGCAGAACUGGCUGUGUUUGGUUGUGUUAAACUGGUCCUUACCCUCAAGAUCAGUGUGGCAGAUGAAGUUCACAAUCUCCCACUGGCCCUGGGAAGUCCCUAAUUUUUCAAAGUGCUCCGUCCCUUGCACAUGGGAGGAAGGAGACUCCUGGUUUGUGAAGGUGCUACUGUCUGAAGAACAGCCCAUUCCUGCAAUAUAUCUCUGAGGUGCAGGGUUGGGUGUCAGCCUUGUGAGUUUGCACAGUUUGGACCCUGGAACUCAUAACCAAGAGGUUCUCCAUCACCUGUGGAUACCCUGUCCUGCUCUGGCACAUGUAGAAGGACUGGGGUCUCUGUCCACUUUUGACACUGCUACUCCACCAGCUACUCCUCCUGUUCUCCAUGGAGUUUUCCUCACCUUUUGAAGCUCAGGAGCAAGGGAGCAAGCAGCAUGAGAGGCUGCUGGGGGAGAUGAGUUCUGAGCUGUGGCACUGGUGAUGCUUCAUGUGGUGUCUCCUCCCAGGCUGGCAGUCCUCUCCUUGCUGGCAUGCUGUGUACCUGAGAACCCCAGCCCAUGCUACGGCAGUCCCAGUAAGCUGAUCUCAUUAGUUUAAAAAUGUUGAAGAUGUCUUGAAUGUGUCUCCACCUCUGGUUCGGUGCUGCCUGUCUUCCCUCUCCCUCGUGGUGCUGCAUGUUUCUCAGAGGCCACCAUCAUCACUAAGCUAGCUCUCCACAGGGGCUCCUGCUGUUCAUCUCAACAGAGCUUGGAUAAGCCAAAGACCACAGUGCUCCCUUCACUGCAGCUUUCAUGUGGGUCCAGCUGCAUUCUGACACUGCCCCCACCUUCCUUCAGAUGCCACGCAGGGGAAAAAAAGUUUCAGAGGAAAUAAGUGCCACCAGAUGCUGGAAGCUGAAGCUCUGCUGAAGCCCCUGCCCUGCGUGGUGGUGAAACAGGAGAUCCCAGAUGGAGAAGGAGACUGGGGACUCACUCACCCCUCCUUAUCUCUCGGGUCUCUGAUAAAGCAGAAUCUGAUAGAGCAGCAUCUGUGCUUUUGCUUCAUGAUAUACCGAGUAUUAUGUCUGCUUUACAUUUUUUAUUUAAGUGAGAAGUGUUUUAGCUCCUGGCAUGUGUCCCUUCUCCUGCUGUAGAUGUAGGGACAGCUAUUAGGGACCUGUCUUUCCAUGAGUUGGAUUUUUUGAAAGGUAGGAGGUCAAUAAAUGAUGAAUACUCUUGGCUAGAUCUUGCCUAGCACUUUAUUUUUUCAGGCUUCCUCAUUUGGGGGGAUUUGGCCAUGGGCUAUCCCAGCAGUACAGGCAUUUCCUCUCUUGUUUUGACUCAGUCUUGGGGCUGUUUUAAAAUCACACUAGUGACAUCUCUGUUUUGUUUUGUUUAUUACAUAAUUUAAACAUUUUGCUGAUAAAGUAUUUUUUGUCAAUGACUGUUUUUUCAUAUAGCAACAGAAAAAAAAAAGAAAAAAAAGGCUCCAAAACUUUUGACAAAGGUGAAAUUGUGGCAUGGCAACUUCAACCCCUUUCCCUCCCUCCCCCCUUUAUUUUCUUUCCCAAAAAGACGUUUGAAGUUCACUUCACUUUCAGCAAAUUGACUGUUAAAAAGUGGCGGUUCAAAGACCAAAACCCACAAGCUUCUUCCCACACCUCCCCUGCACCCUGGAAACCCCAUCCUCAGCUCCCCAGCAGUCACGUGGAUCAUCACAGAUGAUUAUUUUCUGCCCGUGCCCACCCAAAGACAUUUUUCCAAACCAGUCCCAGAGCUGAAGGCCCCAUUACAAACCCCCAUCCCUCCCCCAUCCUGUGAGUUUUACUGAGUGGAUACACGAAGGUAAGAGCAAAAGUAGGACAGAACAAACUCAUCACCCCCACUACAGCUAAGCUUCACCAUCCCAACCACAUGGAUCAGGAGGCCAUGACAUUCCCACUCCCUUCCAUGUACCAGGGGGAAGGAGGGAGGGAGGGAGGGAGGAAGGAUCAGAGAUGGCUCUCGGACAUGACACUUUCUUCCUUUCUCCAUCUCCAUUGUUUAAUUUUCUCUGUCUUUCCUUGGGGAAAACUCACUGUCUUUCCUCCCACUUCAGAGGUGUCUCUCCCCAGGAGUUCAGUCCCUCUGUGUGUUUUGGAGGCUGAUUGCCACCACUGCUGUUUCUCUGGCUCAGAGCUGAGAAACACAGGGGGCAUGUGGCAAGGAGGGGAGGGAGGGAGGCAGGGAGGGAGGCUGCUGUCUGGGAUAACUUGUGUGCUGUGAUAGGGAGGGAAGAGAGGCUGACAAACAGAACAUGUGAGGACAGCAGGCGGAGAGGAGUCCAGCGAGUGGCUGGCACACACUGGGUGUCUCAGGAUGAGGUGCCACCACUAAGGGAGCUCAAGUGGGGUGGUCCUGGUGACCAGCUCCUUCAGGCUGGCUGAAGGCCUCCCUGCAGCAGAGGACCCACACACUCACCACCUUCUCUGCUUUGGCAUCUCCAUAUCUCCUUAUCCUAUGGGAUACAUAUUCAACCACCUGCAGAUACCAGAGCUGCCACUGAGGGACUCAGCUGCCAAAUUUAGAACAGUUCCCAAAAAAAUCUUUCCAUGCAGAGGGAAAUCUGUGACAAGGAAAGAUCUCUUUUGGCCUUUGGGUGAGUCACAUCACUUCUGUCUUUCUGGGAAGGGCUGUGUCCUCUUGAGAAGUUGUCAGCUAUUGCUCCUAAAAUCCUGUCUGUUGCAAGGUCCUUGUGUCUAUGAGUUUCCUUGUUUGUCCAAAGUGGCUUGGUGUUUCAGGGAUGCCAGCAGCACCCAGCAGGUCACCAAAUUUAGCAUGACAUCCCACCUUUGGAGCUUGCCUAAGAGCUACUUGUGACAUUUUAUGGACUUUUAAGGGACAAAAUAAAUGAAAUGUCACAUCUUUCCUUGAAAGACCCUGGAGGAUGCUCAGCCACAAGCAGAAGGACUCUACCCAAAGUGAUACAAGGUUACAGCAAGCAAAGGGAGAGGAGAAGGUGAGGGCUAAAUCUCAUGGCUGUGACCUUCCCCAGGAUCUGUUGAGGGUGCUUGUGCCCUAAGGAUGAUCAGCAGGACAAGGCACUGCUCCAGCAACCCUCCUCUCCACAAGACUUCAACAACUGCUCCACGUUACCUGUCCUGCUUUUACCGUGAGCAUCUCCACUAGGGUCCAUCCCCAGCAUCAGGGGGCAUAUCACAGGCAGGAGCAGGAACCUGGCUUGUCCCAAGGAAUGUGCAAAGUAGCCAUGGCUGGUUUGGGAGGGGGAGGUUAUCAUGCAUUUAAUGAACUCUUCAAGGAAAGGGAGAGAGUAGGAGUGGCAGGAGAAGAUGGAUGGAGCAGAAA